AAAGGGAAAAAAGGGUUCUUCAACUCGGAACCCACCGACACCACUUACGAAGAUCGGGUGCGGGUCACGGGGGGAAGCAGUCCCGAAAAAGGCGCCUCCCACUUUCUUCAUGCGUCGAUCUGAUCUCUCUUUUUCCCUUCUCCGACUUGUCCUUUUUGCUUCCUCCCCACUAUAAUAACUACGACGGAUCUGCUAGUUCGUUGGCUAGUCAAUUAAUUGUUCCAAAUCCCGUUCUCAGCCUCUGUCCUCCCCCCACGAAAUUUAAUCCUCUCGUUCCUCUCUAACUUGCCUUCUCGUGGGCCGUGACUAUCUAUCUUUCCUUGAUCCCCCUCGAACUAUGGGCGACCAUGUCGCCCAUGAUUAAGGCUACUUAACCGCGCGUUCCCCUUGUCCUAACUACGGCAUUGGUCUCUCAUUCCCCAUCCCGCCGGCCACAACUUGAUUCUGCCCCCCCACGCUCACUGAAAAUAGUAGUGGGCACCUGGCGCGCCGUGCAGCUGGUCGGCAGCAGAAUGCUGGUUUUGACGCCUAAAUUACAGACCGAAUCUAGUUAAUAUAUGUGAUGGGCUGUGUCCGAUUAAACGGUGGAAAUGCCUCCAAACAAGGGCGCCGCUGGGCGCAAAAAGGACGCCAUUCAUUUUGUCAAUGCUCGGCCGUCCUCGGAGGGAGAACGAUUAAAGAUACAGCGUUUGGUUAGGGCCCAUGUAGGCAAAUGGAUUUCCGAUCAGACCAAAGAUCGCUCCAUAGAAUCUGAAGCGAAUUCGAGCCGUGAUGCCUCCCGGGAGAAUGCCUCGCGCACUGUUGAUCUCGAUGGAGAUGAGACGAUGUUAAACUUAUAUCCCCCUUCGCUGUCCUGUCGAUCCUCAGUUUCAUCCUGUUCACCUGAAUCAGUUUCCUCGAACAACAGUCUAACGGUUAUACAAACCGUCCCUACUAGUGCCUGGGAUGCACAGCAGACAAUGUCCGUUGUCCCCACUUCUCAGUUAUAUCUUGACAGCACGGAACACCAGUAUGACAACGAAUAUGAGUGUGAUUAUGGCCACGAUUCGCAGGGGUCAAGUCCAGAAACCUCCAGUCCCCCUGGUCCUAUUGAGCAUAUCGAGACCAUCGGUGCGAAUUUCAUUGAUCCUUUUAUGACCUACCCCUGGCGUCAUUCUCCAGAAAUCGCCAACGCAUGUCAGGCAUAUUGUACGUCCGUUCUAUGGCCUACCCUUACUCCCGGGGCCAGAAGAUCAGAUGUUUCGGCCUUGAAUUGGUUCCCCUUGAUGAUGUCUGAGCCGACUUUAAUGACAGCCAUCACGUUCGGGUCACUCUCGCACCAACGGGUGCAAUGGCUGAACCGGUGGAUCCCGGACGGCGCAUUUCGGGAGCGAGAGCAGCAGCUUCUAAGAGUCUGCGAAAUGGAGACCAUCGAGCUAAUCAAUCAGGAAAUGAAAAAGCCAGGCCGAGCAAUCAGCAACGCGGUCAUUUUGAGUGUGAUGUGCAUGGCACAUAAUGCAACAGAUAUUAGUGAAGAACGACAGUUUCGGCACAUUCCGUUCACAGCACCCAUGCGGCGGUUGCAAUGGAUCGACGUCUAUGGCAGUCUGCGACCAAACCUGGUACAUGUCCAAGGUUUGAUCUCAAUGAUUAACCUACGGGGUGGCCUUGAGGCAAUUGACCUGCCCGGGUUGGCUCCCGUAGUGUCUCUGUCGGAUAUCGUGACCUCGAGUGCAUAUCAUACGCCUCCAGUCUUUCCUUUCUUUCCGCUUUCAGCGGACCGGAAGAAGGUUCCGCUGCAAGACAUGCUCGGGUAUACGAUGGUUGAUGUAGACCGCCAUUACGGCCGACUUCGACAGAUCGGCUUGACCACAGAGAUGAUGGAGGUCUUCCACGCUAUGGACCUUUACAUGAGUAUUGUGGAUGCUUAUCUCAAGGGAAAUCAAAUCAGAACGGACUACUCUUUGCUUGCCGACCAGCGUAACUUGGUCCAAUACACCUUAUUAUCUCUCCCAGCUGCCAGUCAACUCCCUGGAUUCAGUGGCUAUCAUCAACGCCAUGAGAUUAUCUACGAAGCCUGCCGUCUCGCGGGCUGUAUAUAUGGUUCUGGCGUGGUCUUCCCCCUACCGCCACAAAGCACCCCGCUGGCUAAACUUUCUGGUCUUCUCAAGGGUGUUCUCGAGGUUCCCGACUGCCUGACUGUCUGGGACCAGCCGCAAGCCCGCGUUACCUUUUUAUGGGUUUUGACCCUGGGUGGCAUCGCGGCCGAGGGCACCGUGGACCGAGACUGGUAUGUGGUCACGCUUAUGCAGACAGCACGGUAUAGUCAUAUUACCUGCUGGGCCGACCUUCGGGCAAUCGUCGUGCUGCUACCCUGGUAUGACGCAGCCUGUGACGAUGCGGGCAACAACCUCUGGCUGGAAAUCGAGAGACUGUCCGCUCGUUCAUCGAACUCGAAUUGA